AUGACGACGUCUACAUAUAAUAAUCGUUCGGCUCAAAUACAAAAUGACAAAAACAAAAAUAAUAACAUAGUUAAUUAUAAUAGUUGUAGCCACUUGUUUAGUUUAAAAAGUGAAGAAGAUGGUUACGACAAAACGAGGCUUAUCAUAAAGAAUAUCCCCAAGUAUAUGAAUGAAAUUGAUUUAAAGAAACAUUUUUUCAAAAUGAAAGAUCAUAAUAUAAAUUUCCAAAUUACAGAUAUAAAAAUAAUGAAAAGAAAGAAAAUAAUAAAGAAUAAAGAACAUUAUGAAUCACGAAGAAUAUGUUUUAUCGGAUUUCUUAAUAAUUAUCAUUGUGAAUGUUUUAAAAAGUUUUUUAAUAAUACAUAUAUUAAUACAAGUAAAAUAAUUAUAGAAGAUGCUAUUUCUCCAUCCGCUUUAAAAUCUAAUAAUUUAAAAUUUAACAAUUCACAUUUUCAUAAUCUUAACAAUGUUCCUAAAGAUAUACAAAAGAUAAAAAUAAAACAAAAAGAUAAUGAUAAAGAUAAAAAUAAAGGAAAAUCUAUACAAAUUGUUAAAGAACAAAAUUGCAUAAACAAAACUGUUCAAGUUAAAAAAACAAAAGCCGGAAUGAAUAGUACUAGAACACAUGUAAUUUAUAUGGAUGAAGAUAAUCCACAUAUCCUUCCAUCAGUCCAAGACCUACCAAAUCAUAAUUCUGAAAUAAAAAAAAAAAAAAAAAAAAAAAAACAACAAGAAGAAAAACAUAACAUGAUAAAUGAAGAUAAUAAUACCCAAUGUAAUAAAAACCAUACCAGUGAUCAUAAAAAUGAUGAACAAAUUAUUAAAUCUAGUGAACUUUUAUUAGAUGAUGCAUCUAAUACGCAUUCAAAUAACGAAGAUAAUGCUCUUGAAUGGUUAAAGGAAAUUUCAAAAAAGGAAAAAAAAAAAGAUGAAUCAUUAGAUAUUGUUCCAAAUAUAAAAAAUCAUAACAUUGAACAUGUUGAAAAUGUGGAUAAGAAUGAUAUGACCAUUAAUAUGGAUACCACAAAAAAUGAUACUACAUACGAGUUAGAUAUUCAAAGUGAAUCUGAAGAAAUGAACACUGGAAAGUUAAUUAUUUUUAAUCUACCGCCAGUAGAUGUACAAGAUAUAAAAUCCUUAUGUGAAAGAUAUGGUCCGAUAGUAGAUGUAAAUGUUUUUAAAAAAAAAUCUACUAAAGCAGAUACUCAAAUAUAUUUGAAUGAAAAAAGUAAAACUAAAUCGAGUGAUGAUUUUUUUAUCAAAUUGUUAAAAGGAAAUACAUCAAAUAAUAAUAGUAAUAAUAGUAAUAAUAAAAAUAAAGAUGAAGAUUACAAGAAAAACAAUGAUAAUAAUUGCUUAAUUAUAGACCAAAGUAAAGAUGAAGAACAUAGUAAUAAUCAUAAAUGUAAUAAGAACAUGUUAUACAACGAUUUAACAAACGUAAACGUUUAUGCUUUUGUAAAUUUUAUGUUUCCGAGUUCAUGUGAGAAAGCAAAAAUACAUCUAGAUAAUAAAAUAUAUAGAGGUAAAAUAUUAACCGCUAAAUAUUGCAAAGAAAAGAAUAUAACUAAUUAUAAAGAAAAUAUAGAAAACAUAAAUGAAAAAAAUAUUUUUAUUAAAUUAUCAAAUGAUUGUAAGAGUUCUUACAAAAAAAUAUUAGAAAUACAAAAAAAAAAAUCCUGUCAAAAUGAAAACAUGUGGAAUAUAUUAUAUACCGAUAUUAAUACAAGUAUUAAUAAUUUUUGUAAGGAAAAUAAUUGUUCCGUGGAGUCUGUAUUAAAUAUACGAGAUAAGAAUAUUGCAGUCAACGUUUCUUUAACAGAAACAUAUAUUAUUAAUAAAAUAAAGACAUGGAUAAAAAAAGAAGGGAUAUAUCUAGAUGCUUUUGAACAAAUAUAUGUAAAAACCAAAAAAAAUGAAGAUGAAAAAGAUAUAACAAAAAUAAACAGUAAUAAUAAAAAUGAAAAUUUAGAAAACAAUAAUAAUACAUCUAAUGAAAUUAAUAAAGAUGAUAAAGAAAUUGUAAAAUAUAGACGAAGUGAUGAUACCAUAAUAAUUAAAAAUUUAUCUAUAUAUACAAAUCAAAAUGAUAUUAUAAAUUUAUUUAAACAAUAUGGUACUUUAAAAAGAGUUAGUUUUUCUCCUUAUAAUAAUAUUUGUAUUAUACAAUAUGAAAACGCGGAUAAUGCUAAAAAAGCUUUCAUAUCAAAUUCUUAUAUAAGAUAUAAAAAGUUACCUUUAUAUUUGGAGUGGGCUCCAUUAAACUUAUUUGUAAAACAGAAGGAUAUAGAAGAUGCAAGUAAUUACAGUAUGAAUGAUAAGAGUACAAUAAAGAGGGAGGAAACAAAUGAGCAUGAUGUUACAAGGAAUACAGACCAGUAUGAUCAUAAAAAUGGUGACACAAAUAAUAAUAAUAAUAAUAUCAAUAAUAAUAAUAAUAUUAAUAAAAAUGGGGAUUCCCGUGAUGAUGGUGAUGAUGGUGAUGAUGAUGAUGAUGGGGACGGUGAUGAGGAUGAUGAUGAGGAUGAUGAAUAUGGAGAAGGCACACACGCAAGUAUUUACAUAAAGAAUAUAAACUUUAAUACUAAAGAAGAGAAUUUAAAAGAUUUAUUUGAAAAAAUGGAAGGUUUUAUAACAUGUAAUAUUGUUAAGAGUAAAAAAGUUAUUUUACAAAAAGAUAAAGAAUCAAAUAAAAUAUCUAAUCAAUAUAAUACUGUAUCAUCAGGUUAUGGAUUUGCUGAAUUUAAAAAUAAAGAAUUAGCUAUUGAGGCUAUAAAAAGAUUAACAGGUACACGUUUAAAUGAUCAUGUAUUAGAAAUGAGUUUAUCUCAUAAUCGAAUAAGAAAAAAAAAAAAUAUGAACCAAACAAAAAAUGAGGAUGAAAAAUUAGUCCUUAAAAACAAAAAACAAGUAACUAAAAAACUUGUUGUAAAAAAUCUAGCCUUUCAAGUAAAUAAAGAAGAAUUAAGAAAAUUAUUUUCAGCUUUUGGAAAUGUAAAAAGUGUAAGGAUACCAAAGAAUGUAUAUAAUCGUAGUAGAGGUUAUGCAUUUAUUGAAUUUAUGUCUAAGAAAGAAUGCUGUAAUGCUAUCGAAUCUUUACAACAUACACAUUUAUAUGGAAGACAUUUAAUAAUAGACUUUGCUGAUGAUUUUAUUUUUGAUAAAAAUGUAGAUGAAUAUGAUAAAUUAAAAGAAUUAAAUAACCAACAAAAUAAAGAUAUUAUAACAUCCGAACAAGCUAAAAGAAAAUCAAUAUAUGAAUCUCAAAAGAGCAAACAAGUAAGUGAAUCCAAAAAAAGAAGGCUCACAUCAAAUUUGAAAUCGAUAUAG